AACAGCCCGCGGCGAACCGUUGAGCUGAGCCGAGGCUUACUGGGAGCCGCGACCAACGGCCCCCGAGGAGCGCGCCGUCCGCGCGGGGCUGGCCUGUCCGGAGGGAGGAGCAGACAGAUGCCCCAGGUGUGAGCGCAGACAGCAGGCGAGCCCACAGCGUAGUAACGGACUGCUCUGCAUUUGGCCUGUGCCAACGGCCAUGCAGAAGUGGUAACUGUUCUGCUACAGAGAAAAUGUGAGCUUAACCUCCGUGACAACCUAGAGAGGACACCCCUGAUCAAGGCCGUGCAAUGCCAGCAAGAGGACUGCGCACGUAUUUUAGACCAUGGUGCUGAUCCCAAUGUGAGUGACAUCUAUGGCAACAGUGCUUUACACUAUGCAGCUUGUGGUGAGUGUGUAACAACAGUGGCACAGCUCCUUUCACACAAUGCAGACAUCGAGGCGAACAAUGAGGAAGGCUUCACACCACUUUUGCUUGCUAUAAGGCAAAGAAAGUGUGAAAUGACAAAGUAUUUGUUAACUAAAGGAGCAAAUGUACAUGCUGUUGAUAAGAAAAAAAGAACAACACUCAUGCUUGCUAUAGAUAAUGGAUCAACAGUUAUAGCCAGGCUGCUUCUUCAGCAAGAUAUUGAUGUCUUUUCGGAAGAUACCCUUGGAUGGACUGCAGAAAAUUAUGCUUAUAAGAGAGGUUUGAAUACCAUUUGCCAACUAAUUGAUGUGUACAAAGUGGACAAGGGAAUUAAAAAUUCUUCUCAAAAUAAUCGAAACUCUUCUCCAGGUUCGGACUCUCCUGGUAUCACUGUCAGUGAUGUGUCCAGUCAAACACCUGGGGAUCUGAAAACUGAAGAACAAGACGUCAUAAUGAUGUCAAAGAAAGAACGGCCUGAUGGAAGUGACUAUAACCACCAACAGGAUGAAUCACAAAAGAGAUUACAGCAGUGGAGAGAGAAGGAUAAUUCUUCAUUUAGAAUGCAAAUGGAAUUCAGAAUUAAAGAUCUGGAACUUCAACUCUCCAAAAAAAUUUCUCAAGAAGAUUCCAUUAGAGCUGAAUUGGAGAAAUAUAAACAAUUACACCAAGAAGAAGUAAAUACCACCCUGUCAUUGGCAAAGCAACUAGACAAGUAAGUCAAAACAGAAUCAUAGAAAAUAAAUUAAGCUCAUUAGUUUGCCUCUAAAGCAUUAUUUCUAUGGAGCCAGGUUUAUAAGAUUAGUAGGAAUGAAAGCUAACUGGAUAGUAUAUUCUGGAAAAUGAUAUUUGUAAAUGAACUUACAUUUAAAAUAUUCCUUCAAGACAGUUUUUGUACCCCUCUCCCCUUUCUUGGUUUUAAAUGACUUUAUUUUUUCCUUUUAAUAUUUUCAUAGUUAACCUGAUCUACUAGUCUUGAAGCUCAUUGUUUUUGAAGCUUUCUAACUUAGACAGUGAUAUUAUUAUAAAAUGACUUCCUAAAGAAUUCCACUAAAUAGAAAUAUUAAUGAGUUUAACUAUUUUUUGGAAGAUUACAUCUUAAACUCAAAGGGCCAAGUACUACUACUCAGCUGUCUUGCCUGAGGGCUUCAGCCCCAGGCAAGUUCACUAUGAAUUCAGUGAGAUGGAGAAAUGACAAGGGAACGUUCCCUGGGGUUAAAAGGUUUCUACCUGGCUUUAUUCUCCCAUCAGUAGUUGGACACUAGAAUCACAUGCACCCAAAACUCUGCAGGUCUGUAACCCACAUCUCUGCCUCUGGAAAGGGUUCUUUAUAUAAUGACUCAGCCAUUAAUAGCUUAUUGCCUAUGGGUGUGGAAGCAGUGGCCCAGCAGCAGGACAAUUAAAUUGACCAGUUUAGGUUCUGGUGAGGAUCCUGGCAAUAGUAACUUCCAUUUUCCUCACAUUAGCACAUCCGCUGCAUGGAAGUUUUGUUUUCCUGAUUGUAAUCUUUGGUGUUAUCACUAGAGGGCUUCAUGGAACAAACUAUCAUAAUUUUUCUACUCUACAUAAAGGCAUUCGUGUGAAAUAAAGACUGACAUAGGGAUGAACAGCACUAUAAUUCACAAAGUGGUUAAAAAUAACACUGUGGGGGGAGGAGGAGACAAGAUGACAGCGUGAGUAAGGCAGUGGAAAUCUCCUCCCAA